ACACAUAGGGAUCUUCAAAGAAUGACCUUUGAAAUGGAAUUAAUUUAUGCAAAACAUGGCGACCCAACAAGAGUGAAAAAAUUUUUUUAACGUCUUCAUCGAUUUUUGAAGUGUAAAUAAGUUUAUUUCGGUCCACAAUGAACGUCCAGAGACGAAAAAAGGGAGUAGAAGUUGAAACAGAGACGUCUUCGUGGAGUAAAGCGUUUUCUGCUGGCUCAAAUUGGGAUGAUAAAGUAUGUUCAAAUAUUGUUAAUACAACUCACAUGUGUAAUAUAGUGUACUACCUGGCGUACCCAGUCGAAAAAAUCGAUCAACGGCAGUCUGAUCGACCAGAUGAUAGUCGCUAAAGCUAAUUUCAUCGAUUUUUAUCAAAUUUAGGGAAGUGUCAAAUAUACGUUUCUGCCAGGUUUGUAGGCAUGACGUGUUUUUUCCUGAAAUUUAUAACUGAAAUAUUUCGUGUUCAUAAUAUUUCUAUGAAAAUCUCAGCCUCGUCACAGAAUAGAGACAAACAGAAGAUCGACUUGGUUUUUCCUAUGAUUUUGGCGUAACCGUAAUUCAUCAUCAAAAUGCUGACGCCAUGGUCCUAGCCAGUGCGCUUAUGAAGGCAUUUACCCCCUGAUAAUAUUCAAAAUGGUGGGCGUCCAGGGGGUGAAUGCCUCUAAUAAGCGCACUGGCUAGGAUCAUGGUGCCAGCAUUUUGAUGACGAAUCAUGGCAUGGCAGUGGUCACACUUUUUGGCAACCUUCAGUGUGUCUUUAUUCUGUGGCCUCGUCCCCAGACAAGUAUAUGAAGUAUUUUGGGGGCGCUUACAGGGGCGCAGAGAGUGUCUGUAAACACCAUUAGAAUACUUCAUGUAAACAUUUUAUAUAGUGCCUGGGGACGAGGCAUUGAAAAUCCAUAAUCCAAAGGUCACAAUGAUACUAGUUAUAGUUUUGUCAUUGAUUUCCAAUAUCAAUCAUUUUAUUGCAGUUUGUAUUGAUUGAUGUUCAUUUUUGGUUGAUUAUAAGUACGCCAGGUGUACUAUCAUUUUAUUGCUGUGCAUGCCCAAAAUCUUGGUAUACUUUUGUUUCAUUUAUUGAAUAUUUUUAGGAUGAAUUUCUUGAUGUAAUAUACUGGCUACGACAAGUUCUGGCGAUAAUUUUGGGAAUAAUAUGGGCAAUUAUUCCACUUAAGGGGGUUGUUGGUUUAGUGUUGUAAGUAUUAUAUCAUACACUAGGAGUUUAACCCAUUAAAAGCCAGUGUUCUCCUCUUGACAAAUAAAAUCAUCAGGUGUUAGACAGAUUAAAAUAAUAUAACAGCUCAUAAUUUCCAACUUCACAUGCUAGUAUGCUACUGCAACCAAAGUUUGUUCAAACUGUUCAUAAAUGGCACACUUCACACAUUAUAAAUCCUGUUCACAGUAAUAUAAUAAUUAUGGCUGACAACUUGCUUGUCACAAAACCAGCGUACACUAUUAGGCAUAUUUACUGAAUAUUAUUUUGAGUGCUGUUAUUUAUCAUGACAACAAAUUGCACAGAAAUUUGCCCAUGUUGCUGAACAUCAUUCCAUGGUAUUGUGGGCUCAGUCAAGGAUGUAAUAUUGUUUUGCCAACUAUAUAUUGAAAUAAUCCAGUAGAUUGCCUUAGGCCUAAAAAAAUACCUGUGCUUCCGGUUUCCUGACCAACUCUAUUUUUUCCUGCCGACCUAUUAUCUUUUUCAACACGAUUGACCGUGCGACAGAUAUUUUCUGUGGGUGGUAGCGGGCUGCUCGUACAGCAUGCCAAAAUGGCGUCUGUUGUCACAAUAAUUAUUGAACCAAAUUGCCUAAAUUUGUCCGUAGGAACUACGCAUCUCUAGUUAAUAUUGAUGUCGGGACUCUACUGACAAUCGCACAGCAAAAAACCGCCAAAAUCAUGAAAAAAAUAUUCAAAAAAAAAAAUUAUUUCCGACCUACCUACCCUAAUUUUUUCGCGAGAUGAAACCUGAACCACAGGUAUUUUUUUAGGCCUUAUUAAUAUUCAAUACACGUCAGCAUGCCUGUGCAGACUGUCUAUGCUCUGUUAAGAUGAAUUCACUUACCUUGCAAUUUGUAAUCGGAAUUUCUGAUUGUGAUUUUGAGUUCUCAUUCACUUUUUUAUUAGAUUUGCCCUAAUAAAUGCGGGAGUUCUUUUUAUAUACUUCACAAACUUUCAAAAAAUCGAUGAUGAAGAAUAUGGUGGUCCUAUGGAACUGACUAAAGAAGGAUUCUUUACAUCAUUCUCAUUGUUUCUGGUAUGCUCAGUGAUUUGAGAAUUUCCCUCACCCAUCCCCAGUGGGAUGCUAGAGGGGAUGGUUUUCUUGGUGUCCCCCCCCUACCCCCCCCCCCUUCCAAUAAAUUUAGAAGUCUUGAAUUAACUGAAUGAUAGCUGACAUGAAAAGCAAAUAUACUUUGAAUGAAGGUCAAAAGGUUUUGAUGAGGUAUCAACCGGGCCUCGAAUUUCCCCGAAAUCAAUCGACGGCAACAGCUGUCUACGGCAAUUUUGACAGUUUCCGCGGCAUUUUUCAAAUUACUGUAAUAAAACUUUAAUUUUAUUGUUACUUUGGAUUUUUGACAAUCUAGAAACAUGUAUACGUAUUUCUUUAGUGUUUUUUUUUCGAAGAAAACUGAGACUAAAAUAGUGAUUUACGCAUGAUUUGAUCAACAUCUCAAUUCAAGUAUCAAAAUAGUAAUGCACAGUGAAUAGUAUAAAAUUGCACUAUACGGCAAAAAAUUGCCGUCGUUGCCGCAAUGAUCCACGGCAUUUUGUGGGAAGCCUCGCAGUGCCUCGGAAGGUCGUCUCCAAUUGGAUAGGGGUUUUCUAAAGAACGAAGCAAUUCAUUGUUAUAAAUACAAAAGCAAUUGUCAAAUCGAGCCAAUGAAAAUCACUCUUCCGAGCUACUGCGAGGCUACCCCAUUUUGUUCUUGCAAUGAUCCACGGCAGUUUUGUUUCUUCAUUGUUGUUUUGUUUUUAGGUAAUAUGGAUAAUUGGCUUUACUGCAUUGCAUCAAACCUGACGAAUAAAUGAUAACACUACUGAACUGAACUGGCGACAAUGGACAGGAGAAGAAAACACACAGCAUCUAGCGUUUCAUCAAUGGUUGAUGCAACGAGAGAAAUACUAUGACGGGGAGCACAAAUUUGCUCAUAUACACACCAGUCAUCACUAUUUAAAAUUAUUCAUUUCUCUUCAAUACUUGACCUUUACUCUUUAGACUUUAGUUAGCCAUUGAAGAGUCCACAGUGGCUAGAGUUCUUAAAUCCAGACUUUCUAACCAUUACGAUAGAUAUAAGAUAUUUACCAGUGAUAUUUACGGGAAAGCUAUUGUGGACUCUCUCGAUAAAGUGAAUAAACAACCAAUAAUGCCAAUUAAUGGCACUGAUAUGCUUUGCUGUCAAGAGGCAACACUAAUCACUAUCCUUAUCUUGUAACAAAAUUAUAUAUACAGAUAAAUUUACCUCGAGAGCAGAGCCUGAUUUCCACCCAAGAAAAUAAAAUAAAGGCUCUGCUCUCGUGGUAAGAUAAAUUUGGAAAAUGCAGUUAAACCAAUUAUUUUAGGAAUUUUAGUUUCUGGCUGUUUGUGUGUUAUUUUGAUUGUGUAUUAG